AUGGCCGGCAAGUUUGUGCCUCGCCAGAGGAAGCACAAGGUUCUAGCCCGACAGAGGGAUGAGAAGAACUCUCGCCAUGAAGUCGUCGACACAAACCAGGAGGUCCUGCCUGCCAAUCGGGAGCAGGAACUCCAGAAGAAGAGACGUCAGAUGAAGGAGGAACUUCGUCAGGAUGGCAUGAGCAGCAAGAAAGCCAAACGCUUGGAAAAGUACAUCGACCAAAAAUUGAGAAAGGAUGAAAACCGCCAGCUCUUGGCCGAUCUGGCAAAGAAGAAGGUCGACACCAGCCUUUACGCCAGCAGCAAGGCUCUCGGGAGUGGCAGGGAGACAAAAAAACAGGCCCUGAGGCGGGCCAUGAGGGAGCAGAAGGCCGGGAUCAACGAUGGAGAUGAUAUCCUUCUCCAGGAACGGAAAACGGCUUCCCUCGGCGCUGAUGCCGACUCGGACAGCGGAGAGGAUUCGGAAGAUGAGCCCACGCCUUCUACGGACUCAACGUUAGUCAGGGGGGAAGAGACGACUGCCGAGAAGACAUCCAUUCAGCGAGGGGCCAAGGAGGAAGCAUCGUCGUCCCAAGGCGCACCUGCUGUCGGGGCCGGUCUGAAGCGACCUCUGGAUGUCGACGAGAACGGCCGGCCCGUCAUUCCCAAACGCCAGAAGAGGGGCGGAGUGAAGUCGAAAUUCUCGCUUGCUCCGUCUCGAGCCGCCGAGGAGCCCGAGCACGAGGAGUGGGGCGGGUUCAGCAGCGACGAUAGGUCGUCGGUAGACAAAGACGAGGAUCAUGAGGCGGGGAGCGAUGCCGAGGACACAUCAUCCUCCGGAAGCCCAGGGGGCUCCUCCGAUGACGACGAGGACUCGGGUGAGUCCGAUGGCGAUGAAGCUACGGCACCCAGAGUUUCAGCUUUCAAGGCCUGGGCCCAGCGACAGAUCAACGAGGUCAAUGGCUCCCCAUCCGAUCACCAAACGACGACCAACACGGUGAUACCCAAGCCCGCAAAUUUUGUCCCCCGAACACCCGAGCAGGAGCCCCUACCGGCGGAGCUCCAACCGACCGCCGACAACGGCCGCAAGGCCUUCAGCAUCGCAGUCGAGAGGAGGCCCGAGAUCCAGGAGGCCAGGCUCCAGCUGCCCGUUGUCUCCGAGGAACAGCGCAUCAUGGAGGCGAUACACAACAAUGACAUCGUCGUCAUCUGCGGUGCAACCGGCUCCGGAAAGACGACGCAGAUACCUCAGUUUCUCUACGAAGCCGGAUACGGCUCACCAGACUCGCCGACCCCUGGCAUGAUUGGAGUCACGCAACCUCGCCGCGUGGCCGCCGUGAGCAUGUCGAAACGUGUGGCGACUGAGCUGGGCGGCAGCCACUCGUCCAAGGUCGCCUACCAGAUCCGGUUCGAAGGCACAGCCAAGAAGGACACGGCCAUCAAGUUCAUGACCGACGGCGUGCUUCUGAGGGAGGUGGCCGAGGACCUGUCCCUGGCCAAGUACUCAGCCAUCAUCAUUGAUGAAGCCCACGAGCGUAGCGUCAACACGGACGUCCUCAUCGGCAUGCUUAGCCGAGUGAUCAAGCUGAGGAGCGAGCUCGCUGAGGAGGAUCCCGAGAAGAAGCCUCUGAAGCUCGUCAUCAUGUCUGCUACCCUCAGGAUAGAGGACCUUACGAUGAACACCCGACUAUUCGCCAAGGCCCCGCCAGUCCUCGAAGUCGAGGGCCGCCAGCAUCCUGUCACCAUGCACUUUUCCCGCAAAACGUCAGCCGACUACGUCGACGAGGCGUUCCGCAAGAUCCGCCGUGGACACAAGAAGCUGCCGCCUGGAGGGUUCCUCGUCUUCCUGACGGGAAGGAACGAGAUUGUGCAUCUGAGCAAGCGUCUCAAGGAGGCGUUCGGAGGCUUGAAGACGGCCGAGCCCCCCAAGGUUCGGAUCCCGGCGAGCGAGGCUCCAGUCGAGGCUGAGGAUGUCGAAUUCGGCGACGACUUUGAAACCGGCAACUCGAAUGAUGUGGAUGACUUUGACGAGAUCAUGUCGGACGAUGAGGGGGAUGAGGAUGAAGAGUUUGAUGUUGAAGAAAACCAGGAGGCAGCACCCCUCAGAGCCAAGAUCCUACCCCUCUACUCGCUGCUGCCCACGCAGGAACAGCUUCGGGUAUUCGAAGAAGUGCCAGCGGGCACUCGGCAGAUCAUCUUGGCGACCAACGUGGCCGAGACCAGUCUGACAAUCCCCGGGAUACGCUACGUCUUCGACAGUGGCAGGUCCAAGGAGCGUCACUAUGAGCCCCUGACGGGUGUCCAGAGCUACGGAGUCGGUUGGAUCAGCAAGGCCAGUGCCAGCCAAAGAGCCGGCCGUGCCGGCCGGACAGGCCCAGGUCACUGCUACCGCCUCUACUCGUCGGCCGUCUACGAACGUGACUUUGCCGACUUUGCCACCCCCGAGCUGCUGCGCAUGCCUCUGGAGGGUGUUGUGCUCCAGCUCAAGGCCAUGAACCUCACAAAGGUCGUCAACUUCCCUUUUCCCACUCCGCCGGACCGCCAGGAGCUCGCCAAGGCAGAGAAGGUUCUCACAUAUAUCUCCGCUCUUGCCGACACGGGUCAUGUCACCGAGCAGGGGAGGAGCAUGUCCGUCUUCCCCCUGGCACCCCGAUUUGCAAGGAUCCUUCUCAUAGGCCACAUGUACGGCUGCCUGCCUUACACCAUCGCCAUGGUCGCCGCCCUGUCGUCCGCAGAGAUCUUCCUCCCAGAGAGCCAAGCAAUUCCGGAGCUUGCAGCAGACCACGACGCUGGCGUCCGGACAAAUGCUGAUGUCAUGGCUGAGGACCGCCAGGCCGACGCCAGGAGGGAAUUCAGCAAGGUCCACCGGACCUUUUGCUCGCUAGACGACAAGUCGGAUGCCAUGAAGCUUCUCCAGGUGGUUGGCGAAUUCGCCCACGACGACACGGAGGAGUGGUGCAGGAGCCAUUUUGUCCGGUACAAGGUCCUCAAGGAAGCCCAGCAGCUCCGCCGACAGAUCACAGACAUCGUGCGAGCCAACGUUGCGGCCUACGCCGCCUUCACCUUUGAACCCAGGCUCGGCCGGCCCACGGCCCUGCAGGUAUCGGCCCUCAAGCAGAUUGUGGCCGCAGGCUUCAUCGACCAGGUCGCCAUCCGCGCCGACAUGUCACCCUACCCUCCGGAGCAGUACCGCAAGCCCCGCCGCCCCAUCGAUGUGCCCUACAUGACUCUAUCCCCGCUGCAAGGAGGCGAUGAUCCCGAGGACGGCCUGGUGUACAUCCACCCCGAAUCCCCGAUGGCGCACCUGAGCACCCAAGAGUGCCCCGGGUACAUCGUCUACGCCUACCUUCAGCGGUCUGCCCCAUCGGGCCUGGAUUCGACCAAGAAACCCAAGACGAGGAUGCACUCCCUCACCGACCUGACGGCCAAGCAACUCUUUGGACUGGUCAAGGGAACGCCGCUCGUCAGCUACGGGAAGCCCAUCAAGGAAGUCAGGACAUGGGUAGCGGACGGUACUUCGAUGCGGGAGAGCUGGGUGGUGCCAUACGUCAGGUCUGAGUCGACGCAUGGACAAGGAUGGCCGAUGCCAGCUACAAAGCUGAAGCAGAAGAAGACAAUCAAGGGAUGGGUGGUGGUGAAUUGA